AUGAAUAAAUAUAAAGAAGUAGGAGAUUAUCAAAUAUUUUUAUAUAAAAAAUUGGGUGUUGGAGCUUUGGCUGAAGUAUUUGUUGGAGAAAGGAAAAAAGAUAAACAAAAAGUAGCAGUAAAAGUUAUAUCAAAAUAAUAUAUAAAAUCAAGGGACAAAUAAAAUAAGUAUAAAAAAUACUAAUGAAGGGAAUUAUUUAAAAAAAGAUUAAAGAGAGAAAUUGCUAUAUAAAAAAGUCUUAAACAUCCAAAUAUUAUUUAAUUAUUUGAUGUUUAAGAAACUGAUAAUUCAAUAUAUUUAUUUAUGGAAUUAGGAGAUUGUACUUUAGAUUAAUACUGUUAAAAUUGUAAAUUUGAUUCAUAAUUCUAUUCUAGAAAUAAUAAAAUAAGAAGAACUUAAAAAUAUAAUUAAAUAAGUAGUCAGUGCUUUUUAUUAUAUGUCUUAAUAAGAAGUGAUUAAUCAUCUUUAGAAUGAUAAACUUUAUAAAGGAAUAUGUCAUUUAGAUUUAAAACCAUAAAAUAUUCUAUUGAUUGGAAAUAGUAUUAAAAUUUCAGAUUUUGGUUUAUCAACAGCUUUAAAUUUAGAUGAAAAUUAAGAAAUCAUUCAAUCUUCAGAAUAUAUAGAUAAUGUACCUUCAUCUAUUGAUUAUUUAGGUUAAGGAAGGUAAAUUUAAUUAUUAUUAAUUAGUCUUUUAUAUAUGUCAAUAGAAUAAAUAAAUUGUGAGAAAACAAAAAAUUUAGAGGUUUUAGAUGUUUGGAGUGCAGGAAUUAUAUUUUAUGAGAUUGCAUUUGGUAAACAUCCAUAUUAUAAAUUUGGUUAAAAUUUGACAAAUCCUAUAUAGUUAUAAGAACUAUUAAAUACAAUUGAAAUUUAAUAUCCUGAAUCCCAAUAUGAUAAUCAAUUUUAUGACUUAUUAAAAGGAAUGCUUAAGAAAAAUCAAAAUGAAAGACUUACUUGGCAGUAAUGUAAAGAACAUCCCUUUUUAAUAUGA